UCUUUUCUCUACUAGCGAGCAAACCUACAAUCUAGACCCAACUGUCCAUCCAGCUCAUUUUUAAGGGGAUUUAUCAUAAUAUAUGCCCGUGUAUCCAAAACACAUCGGUCAUUGGGGAUUCCUAGCACCGGUUGGCCGGGUCUGAAGGCCGUUAUAACGGUUUUUCGAGGUUUAAUUAGAGCUAGAAAACAACGGUGGUGGAGGAGGAGGAGAUUCCAUAUUAGGAGCACAGAGGAGAAGGCACCCCCCUUGUGUGAUUUGGAGCUUUUGGUUCUGAGCCCAUGGUACAACGCUCUGACUGAACAUACUGGUGGUGCAUACAGACUUACUACUGUGGCUAGGUGUGUGCGUGCUGACCUCAUGGUGUAACUGGAGUAAAGAUGAGCAUUAGCAGUGAUGAGGUCAACUUCCUGGUCUACAGAUACCUACAAGAGUCAGGGUUCUCCCACUCAGCGUUUACAUUUGGUAUAGAGAGUCACAUCAGCCAGUCCAACAUCAAUGGUGCUCUGGUUCCCCCUGCUGCCCUCAUCAGCAUCAUCCAGAAGGGCCUGCAGUACGUCGAGGCUGAAGUCAGCAUCAAUGAGGACGGCACAUUAUUUGAUGGGCGGCCCAUAGAGUCUCUGUCACUGAUCGAUGCGGUCAUGCCUGACGUCGUUCAGACGAGGCAGCAGGCCUACCGCGACAAAAUGGCCCAGCAGCAGGCCGCCGCAUCAGCACCGGCAUCAGCCACCGGGGGCAGCAUCGCAGGCAACGCCAAGAACGGAGAAAAUACUGCCAACGGGGAGGAGAACGGAGCCCAUGCCUUAGCCAACAACCACGCAGACCUGAUGGAGGUGGAUGGAGAUGUGGAGAUCCCUCAGAACAAGGCCAUGGUCUUGAGGGGCCACGAGUCAGAGGUCUUCAUCUGUGCCUGGAACCCAGUCAGCGACCUGCUGGCGUCGGGGUCUGGCGAUUCGACGGCUCGCAUCUGGAACCUGAGUGAGAACAGUACGAGCAGCUCCACACAGCUGGUCCUGAGGCACUGCAUACGAGAGGGAGGACAGGACGUCCCCAGCAACAAAGAUGUCACCUCGUUAGACUGGAAUAGCGAGGGCACGCUGUUAGCAACGGGCUCCUAUGACGGCUUUGCCAGAAUAUGGACCAAGGAUGGAAACCUGGCCAGUACGCUUGGCCAGCACAAAGGUCCCAUCUUUGCCCUGAAGUGGAAUAAAAAAGGCAAUUUUAUCCUCAGUGCAGGAGUAGACAAGACAACAAUCAUAUGGGAUGCCCAUACAGGAGAAGCCAAACAACAGUUUCCCUUCCACUCAGCUCCAGCACUAGACGUGGAUUGGCAGAGCAACAACACGUUCGCCUCCUGUAGUACAGACAUGUGUAUCCACGUCUGUAAACUGGGACAGGAUAGACCCAUCAAAACAUUCCAGGGACACACAAAUGAAGUAAAUGCAAUCAAGUGGGACCCCACAGGGAACCUGCUAGCCUCCUGCUCAGACGACAUGACGUUGAAGAUCUGGAGUAUGAAGCAGGACUCAUGUGUCCAUGACCUGCAGGCCCACAGUAAAGAAAUCUACACCAUCAAAUGGAGUCCCACCGGCCCUGGAACCAACAAUCCCAGCGCUAACCUCAUGCUAGCCAGUGCAUCGUUUGACUCCACGGUUCGUCUUUGGGACGUGGAGAGAGGCAUCUGUAUCCAUACGCUGACCAAACAUCAGGAGCCGGUCUACAGUGUGGCUUUCAGCCCCGAUGGUCGGCAUCUGGCCAGUGGCUCCUUUGACAAAUGCGUGCACAUCUGGAAUACACAGACGGGCGCUUUAGUCCACAGUUACAGGGGGACGGGGGGAAUCUUUGAGGUUUGCUGGAAUGCAGCAGGGGACAAAGUGGGAGCCAGCGCAUCAGACGGAUCUGUGUGUGUACUAGACCUUCGGAAAUAGUGCCGCUGUUUGUUGGAAGCCAUGGACCGACCAUGAAUGUGUACAUAGCCAAAUGACUGUCCCUGCCUGCCCUGCGUACUGCUCACGCUUACGACUAUGGCCCCGCCCACCGACAGACAGGAAGCAGGAAACAGGAACAGGAAGCAAGCACCCGACACAGCAGGUCCAGACACGGGGAUGAACAGAUGGACGGACAGACGGACAGAUGGAUAAACCGGGCGGACGGAAGCGCCCCUCUCUAUCUGUGCAGACUCUUACAGAGAUGCAGAUGGGACGCAGUGAAAAAAAGAAAAAACUGAUAGACAAAAAAAAGUUACAGAUCCGUAUAUGUACCAAAAUUUGGAAGCUAUUUUGCUUUUUUGAUCUUUAAACCAUGCUCAUCGUCAUCAAAAUGAAAAACAGUGAAAAAAGUGUUGAUCUUUGUUACUAGUUGGAUCUCGUUGUGCAGACAUAUCAACUUCUCCACCAUAAAAUAGGAUGGCACUUAGUUUUUUUAAAUUUCAGAUCUCUUGUUUCAAUGUUUUUAUAUUUUUUAUCUUUGGGGGAGGGGGCAGGGGCUGGCUGGGUCAGAGUUUCAAUCAUUGGAGAAGUACAUACAAACACACUCGGACAUGCACACCAAACAGUGUCCUCAUGAUGAUUUCAAACCUAAAGGCUUUUCUUUCACGUGUUUCAGUCGUGCUUUCUGCAGUUGUCAGUGGAUCAUACGGUUAACCUCAAAAUGCAGUAACUCAUGUGUGGUCCUCUCCGGAGGAAGAACUCUGGAUUCCCCCUUUACAUCCACCUGCUCCGGGACACAGCUGAUGUACAUCUAGAUGCUUUAAAAACAGCUCCUCUGUGCACUUGAUCUAGAUGUUUCACCCCGGUUCUCCUCUCUGGACUCUUCAACCACCGCAGUUACAUGUCCGGUUUCAAAAAAAGAAAAAAAAAGAAAAAAAAAUGAAGAGGCUGACCUCCACUCUGAAUGUUCAAAGCUGUUCUGAGUUUCAGGUCAUGCCUCAGGUCUCAUCUCAGAUUACAUACUGUACUCAGCCAGUAGGAUCCCAGUGGUUCGUUUUACCUUUUUACAUUUACAUCAAUAACUGUAUGAAUAGUGUCCUCCUGUACAUUACUGAUAAAAGCUUGAGUGAGUUUAGACUUCGAACAUUUCUAAUUUGAUUCAAAGGCCUCAAAUCAUCAAACACAGGAAGCCCUGAAGUGUGGUGGAAAAAGUUCAAGUGUUUCAGAUUGUCAGAGGUCGAUACUCUGGAGGCAGAAAGCAUCGCAGUGUCGUAAACCAUGGAGGGUGGAGCCAAAGAAAAAUCCACCGAGUGAAGGUGGAGGUCAGUAAUAUAAAAGGCUGCAUGCAGUCAGGGACGGCAGGACGGGAGCCUUCACGCGUUAUUCCAGUAGCCUAAAUCAGCUCUUUUUAUUGUGGUCCAUAUUUGGGUGUGCUCCGCCCACUUGGCAGGUCAUAAUUUUAUUCUCAUCUGAACAGUGUUGACGUGAACACAGAAUCCAGACGGUCAGACUGUCUGAAAGCCCUCGGUCUGUAUCCUCUAUACGCCACUGAACUGUUCGGUCUGCAGUGACAUCACACCACAAUGUCUGGACUCCUGGGACAGGUGUAGUGUACCCAUCAAAUACAGAGAGAAGCUUUUUAUAUUCCAAUGUGGGAAUAUUUGAGACAGCAGACAUUUCACUGUCAGAAAUCACGUGAGGGGGCAGUCAGUAUAGUGUUUACAGUGCAUUAUACAGGGAGGGAUGUUGGCUGUAUUAAGCUAGCAGGCGUAGCUAAGCCUCCAUCCUCAGCUGCACCUGUCUGAGGCGGUGAGGUUGCUGUGUGAUGAGUGAAUGGGGAAACUGUCACCCCUGCUGAUGUCUUUACUGGUAUUUCAUGCAGUUUUGUCUCUACAAUUCAAACUGGCCACUGUGGGAAUCUUCUGUUCUUUGGCUCUGCUCUGUUGAAGGUUUAACACCAUCAUUAUUCCACAGCUGCUCUGCCUCCAAGACUUCCAGAAGUGAAAUUUGAAGCUGCUGAUAUCUUCUCACUGUUUUCCAACACAAGCAGCCACGUUUCUGUGGCGUGGAGAGGAGGGCUUCAGUGGAGCUGCUGGUUGUCAACAGGCUGCCUCGACAUAGGGAGAGACAGAGACCCGCCAUGUUUUCGCCUUCAGACACACGUCACAAAAACACAAGUACUCUCAUGCCCUGAAAUGCAGCCCAUGAAGAUCCUCCCCUCCCCUCCCCCUGCUGAAUCUUACUGGCUGAUCCCUGGCACACGAUCGCUGUUCAGAAUCGAGCCCCAAAGCAGAAACAUUAAAGCAAUAUCUGGACAUUUUCAUUUUUCUCUGUUUUAAUUGCCAGGUUCUUGUCACAAUGUGGGCACAUAGCUCCCUUUCUGUUGUUUCCAACCCAGGACACGAACAGACAGACAUAAAAAGAUGUGAAGUAGCCUGAGGUCAAGUGUAAAGUCUUUUACCCACAACAUGACAAUCUUGGUGAAUUCAACACAGCGAAAAGGAAAUGGUCACGCUGCACCUUCAGAGUAUUGAAUUUAUCUGCCCCCUCAGCUCCAUUCUUGGUUCUUCACCACCAAAAUUCUGCUCCCGUUUUACUCUGAGGUUCCUGACUGAGAAGACAUUUUAUACUCUUUUAAAGACAAAUUUCAAGUUGCAUUUUUGUAAUUUCUUUGUAGAUUUGAAAAAUGUGAAUUGAUGAUUUAUUGGCAGUGUUAAUUUACAUGUUCUAUAAAUUUGGAAGAUUUUCUUUUGUUACUUUGAUGCUAUUGCAAAUAGUAAAGGUUGACCCUGUAAUGUAAGGCUCACUGAGCGGAGCUGUCAUUCUGAAGGCACCUUGCCUGGGAAGAGUUUCCCCAGCAGCAAAUUACCACUAAAUUUGUCUACGUUUUAAUAAAGAAAUGUUUUACUUUU